AUGCAGACCCCUCCGGACAGCGACCAGGAAACCUGGAUCUACGAAAUCCUCGACGACGACGACGAUCCUGUCGCGGAUGAGAACACCGACCCGAGGGCCGUAGCGCGGUCGGCGCGCCACUUUUAUCCUGCCAAACGUACGGCAACGCUGGCCACAACCGCCACUUCCAACCACGGUCGCGCUUGGGCACACAAGCAAAAGCGUGCUCAGAGGAACUUGCACACACCACCAUACGACAGUCAUGAUGUCUCUCCGCUUGCGACUUAUAAGCCUACCACGGCCUCCACUCGUCUUCGCACCGAAGUCAUCACCAUGCUCCAUCGUACUCAGCGGAACGGAACCUGGUUUGAUCUGCUUCCUGCUCGGAUUGGGCAUAAUGAGUCCGUGGAUUGUGCGGCCAAAGCGAUUGUGAAGGCCGUCGAACUUGCCGAGCGAAAGACUCCCAUCACUCAGGACAGUUGCUUGGGAAGUUAUGCGCGUGCCAUUACCUCCUUGCAGGCGGGAAUGGCGGCGUCUGUCUCGGGAGAUGACAWGCUGUUGACCGUCUCAUUACUGGUGACAUUUGAGAGGAUCUUUGCCUAUACUUCUGUCCCGUUGAAAUCCCACAUGGCUGGGGUCGUCGCGCUGCUCAUGGCGCAGUCGAAGAUUACCCAAAGCAAUUCACCCAGCGAGCUGACGCGAGCUGUAGUGUACACCUUUUGGCCUGUAGCUUUUAUCGGACCGUGUGUGGAAGGGACCGCAUCUCCAUUUGAGAGUUCAAGAUGGCUCAAAGCAGAACCUGUGGUCAUGACUCGGGACAAGCUACGAACACCGUCGCAGGUGGUAGGGAGGUUGAGGAAGCUGAGCAUGGAGCUGUUCAUACGCCUGCCAAGACUGAUUAAGAUGGUCAAGUCCAUCCUGGCAGACCCUCAACCCGAAGAGAUUGAUUCCGCCAUUGCCCUAGCCAAGGAACUCCUCACGAUCGAGGAUGUCGAAGCAGAGAAUGCGUUGCUGCAUAAUGUCACGAUCAAAAAGACAGCAGAGCCUUCCAUCGGGGAGAUUACUCCCUACGCUAUGGCCUUCGCCACGAUUGCUGAAUUUGAAGCCGGUGGCCACUACUGGUCCACCCACAUUCUUCUCUAUCGCAUCUGCUGGAGAUUACUCGGCCUGUUCCCAGCAAUGUACAAAGCUCAGGAUCUCUGGAUCAAGACCAAACUCGAAUCACGCAUCUCUCGCAUGGCAUCCAACGUGCUCAUGGCCUCGAACUGGGGAGUGCACAAAGGCGAAGCAGGAGAGAGCUGUCUUGUCAUGUGUCUGGUUGCUGUAUGGGGCGUGUUGAACGAUUUCGAUGUCUUCGCUGCUCGAAAUCUGAGUCCGGUCAAAGCUCGCAUGCUUCUGAAAGCUUGUGGUGAGAUUAUCAUGCAGCCUAAGGGACCGGAUAAGUGGGCGGAAGUCGGCGCGAGGCUGGAGACGGCUUCGGAUAUGUUCGCGGGAGGCACGGUCAAAGGCGUGCUGGCAUUUACUUUCAACAAGAAGGAGCCUGUUGGAGAUUGA